AUGGUGGGGCACGCCGGUGAUGCGCUGCAGCGAGGGGGCGAGGAACCGAGUUCGAGGACUCUGGCGAGGAGGCUGCCGGAGUCCGCCGCGGAGGAGGAGGAGGAGGAGGAGGAGGCGGGCGGGCGGCGAAGGCGGCUGCAGCGAGCGCGGAGCAGGACCCGGGAACAAUGCAAAGAUGGCUUUUCGGAGCAAUUAGUGGGCGGUGCUCGGCCACCCUGGGGCGAGCGCGAUUGGCUGAGCGCGGGGAGCGGGCGUCUUCUCAUUGGCCCGCUUCCGAACAAUGGGCAAGUGAGCUUAAAGCGGCAGUGCCUCAGCCCGGCGCGCGCCGCGCAGUCCCCCGCCGCACUGUCAUUCAGAGUCUCGGACGUGUCGGGGCUCGGCGGGGCCGGGCCGGGGCCCGUGCGCGCGCGCCGCCCUCCUCCUCCUCCUCCUCCUCCUGCCGCGCGGCCCCGCGGCUGUUUUGCUCAAGCUCCUGACGCAGACGAGCAAAGCGCGGCAAAGCCGCCCGCCCAGCGCCCGUCCUCCCCCUCCCUCGCGACUGCUCGGAAGGAGGGGGAGGGGAGGGAGGGAGGGCGAGCGCUGGGCGGCGCUUGCCCCGGGCGGUGCCCCGCGCGUUUCCCGCGCCCACGGCCGGCCCGCACCUUCGACCAAGAGUCGUCUCGGUGCAAGUGGGCGCGAGUCCACGGCGGGCACGCGGGCUCUCGCACCCCCCGCCCCGUCCUCCUCUCCCGCCGUCUCGGCGGCGCUGACCCCCGCCGCCCGCCCCCAGUCGCGCCGUCCAGGGCCACGCUGAUGCGUGGGCCUCGCGCCAAGCACACACUCGGGGACUCGUGCGCGCAGGGGCUGGGUGGGGGUGCGAGUUCCUGCCCUCGGGCGGGACCGUCCGUGGGCCCCGCGGGCCCCGCGUCCGCUGGAAGUUCACUGCCGUCGCGGCAGCCCGUGGCCGCUUUCCAGGGCCGCGCCCGGCCAUCGGGUCUCCAGUGGGCAUGCGAACACCGCGCAGCUGAGGGGAGCUCGCCGCUUGGGCCAUUAGGGCUAGUCCUUGCGGGGCUCCUUCAAACUUGAGCCACUCAAGGAACCACGCGGGCCCGGGAGAAAGAAAACCCAUAAAGAUGCCACACUCAAGAUGGCGUUGGGCUCGGCAAGCGUGGCGUGACGUGGCGACCCAGCUCGCAGGAACGGCUUCAGAACGCUAGGUUGCUCGCUUCUCAUCGCCAUCGCGGUCGGCUGUCGAGCUAAGAAACCUGUUCCGUGAGCAGACAGGCUAGAGCGGCUGUGAACGGACUCCGAGGCGCCACCUUCGCCACACUCAAGAUGGCGGCAGAUCGCGUCCGACCGUGUGCUGCCAGGAGGGGGCGCCCGACACGGAAGGCGGGACUUGGGAAAAACCCGCGCACACUGGCUGAGAGUGGCGGGCGAACACAAAGUUGACGCUUUGCGUCCUGCCAUUGGCCGGUCCUGCCGUCUGUCUCCUGGGGCCGUGGACCCGGGCGCGGGGAAAACCCGGAGUUUGGAAUCGGGGAGGACGGAUGGAUGCCAAGUUCCGUAGAGCUUUGAGGUCGAGGCGAGGGACCGAAUUGCCCUUAUCGGUUCCCUCGGGUGCUUCGGCCCGCCCCACCGGGAGGCCCCUUUCCUGAGCUCGAGGAGAGCGGAGGAACGCGCAGGGUCGAGGAACUGCUGCAGCUCGACCCGGCAUCUACCCGCGAGCCGCACGUGGCCGGCCCGGAUCCCGCGCACGUGCCAGUCGCGCUAGCCUUGUGCGCCUCGGCGAGCCACUUUGCCUUUAAGGAGAAGGCCUUGCCGCCGCCCUUUGGCCUGCUCGCACUCCCGUUGUCCAGCGUCGCUCCUGUCCCGGGAGCCCCUCGGCCACAGCGGGGUCUGGCUCUUCCCAGAGCGCACCAAUGGCUGGAGAUAGGCAUCUCCCCAAGUUGGUCGCCCCAGCGCCCUAGGUUCCACAGGCCGACCCUGAGUCCGAACUCUACCCCACCCCCGCCAGCUGCCUCACUUUCCAUAAACUGAGAAGGGCCUUUGAGCCGCAGCUGCCAAAGACCUCUCUUUUGUAGGAGGGAUUGUGCUUCAUGGUAAACAGAGAAGGAGAGUGCCUCUACCUGGGGCUUAUCCAUUAGGCUCCCGUUACUCUACUCUCCAGGGUAUGAUUCCAUCUACAAAGCCCAGAUGCACAAAGAACUUGGCCUGUGCCGCAUCUUAGCAGUUGUGGCUUCUGACUUCACAGCUGAAGAGUAGACCAGGUUCUGGAUCGGGGGAGCAGAGGGGGGUGGGGUGGCCAGCAGUGAGCAGCUGGAUGAGUAUGAAUUUCCCUCGAAGAACUGCUUUAUCUGGUCAUGUGCCUGUGCCCCUGCCGUUACUAGAAGGGAGAGGGAGACUCAGGCAUCUGGUUCCAGAAGCCACCUACAUUCAAGCGCUUACCAACCACCCACUGUGUUCACGACAGUGAGUGUCUGACUCAUGCAAUCAAAAACAAACCCAGAGGUUCUAGAAAGAGACUUAGAGUUACCAAGUAAACCAUGAUCAGAGCUCUGGCUAUCUAUGGUUGAGAAGACCCGGAACAGAAGUCACCUCUGGACCAGAACUGCUGCAGUUAUUGAGGCCAUGAUGGGUCCAUGACAGAGCUGAGAACAGUGUCCAGCACAUUCAGGGAAAUACGCUCUCAGGAUGCCGCCUUCCAUCUGCCAUCUGUAUGUAAGCGUGUUGCUUUAAGGGUAUCUACAGGACUCUGGCAAAAGGAACAACGUCUUCAGCAGAUUUUUCUCAUGUUCAGUGGCAAACGAGGACGGUGUCUUCACUGGGUUUCUAAAGUCUGUGAUUCAGUGCCCAGCAUGGUUGGCAGUGCCUUUGGCCUCCGAGGAAUGAUGGAGUCUGGGAGGUAGCCACAGUGGAACAGGCCUCAAAAACUCCCGCCUUCCCGCCCUUCAGAACCCCUGGAGUUUCAGGCUGUGGUUUCCUUGCUCAGGCGUCAGGGCCUGGGGAGCUGCCAGCUGCCUUUCAACCCUCCCGCCUUGCCAGCGGCAGGAUUGUGCAAGAGCAGUCCCAUCCCCCGUGUGCCCCCCCUCCCGCCAUGGCUGCUCUCUCUAGCAGGCCUGGACUUGCCUGCCCUCACUGUCCUCCCUGGGGAGCUGGGCUCGAGGCCCUGGUACUCACACAGGUCUGGCACCCUGGGAGGCUCCUACCAGCAGGGAGAGGGUAGGGAAUGUCUUUUGACAUUGGAGGCCAAAGCCUGCAGAGCCUGGGUGCUGGCGGGAGCCAAGUGAGGUAAGGAAGCUGGAGGAGGUGAGUGUGCAGAGGCAGCAGCCAUAACCCCUAGGUUCAAGAGCGCUGUCCUGCCAGACUUCUGUACACGUGCCCCCCCUGCAGAGACUCCAGGAAUCUUGUGUCUGCUGUGCCUUUUCCUGGCCACCUUCCCUGAAUCCCAGCGCCUGGUGUACCUAUUUGCAUAGCUGAGCUUGUGGGUGUUUUUUGCUUAAGCUCUGGUUACACUGGUGAGUGAGUGGGCCCAGCCUCACCUCAGGAUGGCACAGGAAGAUGCUGGCUGCAGGAGCCCAUGAGCUGGCACACACCUGGGUAACCACCUUCGAAGGCCUCUGAGCUGCUGCAACUGGCAAAGAAGUAGGGUCCCUAUGAGACCUUGAAUUCAGCAGAGACUCUCCACACUUCUGCCUUCCUGCUACACCAUCCAACUUGGGGCCAGCUGAGGUCACACAGAAGAGCGAGGGCCAUGGAGAUGAGAUGCUUCCACACCAGCAAGGUCCUCUGAGCAGGGCCCAGCAUGGAGAUGUCCCUCAGGCUGUUCUGCAGAACAGUUAGACCUUCCAGGCAUGUUCUGUGAUUUUCACAGGGAGAAAGAGUCAGGUAAAUGUCUCUAUAGGAAUAUCUCAAAACCAGACAGGGCCUCACCGAGCUUAAACCUGGCCAGGGAGGGCAAGGCCUGGUGCGUGCCUUUUUAUAGAAGUGUGUGCACCAUGCAUGAGAAGUCCAAGGUAAGAGCUGUCCCUCACACCUGAACCAGGUUGCCCUGCCAUCCCUCAGCUACUUCACGCUCUCUCGGGCCCUGAAAUGUGACCAUUUACUGGCUCCUUGUGUCAGCUUUCACUUUGGUUGUGGUACUCUCCGUUAAAGUGAUGUAUAAGGUUACCUCAAGAACACUGACAGAUGCUUCCCAUACACACAUCUUCUGGAAAAUUCUCAUAAUCCACACUUCGUUAAGCAGCAGAAUAGGGAGAGAACAGCAUGGGAUCCCGGCUCUGGCUGACUCCUCACAGAACCCCACUGUUCUGAGGCACAAAAUUUUUUGGCCAAGACAUAUUUUUAAGAUCCCCAAAGUAGGGCUGGAGAGAUGGCUCAGAGGUUAAGAGCACUGCUUGCCCUUCCAAAGGUCCUGAGUUCAAUUCCCAGCAACCACAUGGUGGCUCACAACCAUCUGUAAUGAGAUCUGGCACCCUCUUCUGGCCUGCAGGGAUAUGUGCAGACAGAACACUGUAUACAUAAUAAAUAAAUCUUUUAAAAAAAAAAAAAAAAAAAAAG